AUGUUGGCUGUCGUUCAAGAGGAAACGGGAUCACAAUAUGCUCCUGUCAUGGAAGUUACUGUAAUUCGAAGGGUUAUGGAAUGCAUGAUGAUGAUAGUCGAUCUGACACUGAUGAACACUGAUUUCGAACAACUGCCGCUGAGUUCAAUGGGACUUUCGUCGUCUUUUCUCGUCCAUCAAGCGUUCCACGCGAUACCUACGCCUAUCGAGUUUCUCAUGCAUAUCUUCACUUCGGGUUACGAUACUACGCAAUUUGAUGUAGUCCAUUCGAUCGCUCUACCUUCAUUAUUUCUUUGA